AUGAAGUGGACAACGGGUCUGCUCUUGGCGGUGGGUCUUCUCACCCUGCCAUCACGUGGAUUGAGCUCUCGGAACCUCACGGAGUUUAUGGGACAUCGACAGAAGCGAUGGCUGAUCUACCAGAAUAGUGGGUCCAUGAAGUUCAGCAUUGGUCCUUCGUUGCCGAUUCCCCUGGAGGACAAGGUCACCUUUCGAUCCUGUGUGCUCUCCUUUACGCUGCAAGGUGGCUCCUACUCCCUGCCCACCUCACCCAUCUGGCCAUGGGAUAAGUGGGAGGGCACCUUCGCCCGAUCCUUGACGCAAAUGAGGCGGAACAUCGAGCGGCAAACGGCCAAUGGCGAAGUGCGAUAUGCUGACGAUGCCAGACUCUUGGUUUACACUGCUCUGGAGGAGUACAUCGGCAGAAGGAACAACAACCUUUCAAUGGGCAGGCAAUGCCUACUGCGGUCCAUCUGCGAGAAUGCUCAGAUACAUCACCACAUCGGUGUGUUUUCGGAAAUUAUGGAUAUCAUACUCAGUCCCGGCAAAGCGGAUUUGGAUAAUUCCUAUCACGAGGCCUAUGCCGCCGGAAGGGCUGGAGCCAAUUGCCUGGGUCUAUACAAGUCCUGUCCUCGGGGUCUCAACUUCCUCGACGGGCUGUUGAUUGUGGAAGAUGAUUGAUUUACUGCUGCUGCAGCUGAUGCUGCGGAUUGCUGUGAAGUACGGAAGAGAAUAGGUAUCCGCAAUAAAGUUUUCAACCAAAUCAAAG